AUGGUGCGCAUCAAGAGAGAGCCGCGUUCGGGCAACAACCCGCAUAUGACUCCGUCGAUGGGGACACCUCAGCGACCCAUAACCAUCGAUGAAGGUCCUGUCGAUUUUGGAGCGGCGCCUGCAAUGACAGGUGAACCCAGCAUGGUACUCGAGUCUCUCAGAGAAAGAAUGGCGCGGGUUGAGCGAGGGCAGGGACUCGGAGGUGGGAAGCGAGAAGCUGGGACGAAGGUGAAGAGUGAGGACAUGGAGACAGGCCCGAGGCCUAUGACAUCUGGACUUUUUGGGAAGGGUGCCGCUAAAGGAUACGGAAAAGAAGUCAAACACGAGACUGACUCCAUGGAAGUCGACAACACGGUUCAUGACCUUGGAGUUCCUUACCCGACUGGUCCGCUGUUCUACGGUACUACGGCGGCGACGGCAGCUACAGAAAAAGCCGCUAGAAGAAAAGCGAAAAUAGAUCAGCGGAAGAAAACGCGUGACGCGAAACUACGCCGGUGGUCCGACGCUGAAAGGACCCGAGAGAUCAUCAUGAGCCGACUAUCCGAUCCUGAGCGCACUGUCUUUGAUCUGGCAUUGGGGGAGACAAUACAGUCGCUAGAGGCAGCCGACCAGAGAGGAAAGAAGCAACGUAAGAAAGAGAUGUCCAGGCUGUACCGGGCUUUGGAGAUUGUCAGAGACUUGCCUCUCUUUCGCGAGAUUUGGAACACAGACGUGGACCGAAGCUUGCCAAAAGCUAACAAAGAUCUCUCACGCGCGAGACGUCCGGCCAAAAAGCAGGCUUUGCCCCGCCUAGGACGGCUGGGAUCUGAAGCUGUCGAAAGGAAACCAUUGGACGAUGAUGCAUCAUCCACCCUGGCUGAAGCCGCAAGUGGUCUCGCGAUCGACAAUGAUGAUGACGAUGACGAUGACAUGACUCCCGAAAUGCCAGUUUCCAGCCAUCCUGCACCCAGGACGUUUGGGAGGAUGCCGUCGACGGAGUCACAAGUUCUGGUCAAGAAUGAGCUUUCCAUGGACGUUGCUAUCACUACUGGAAAUCCGAAACAGUUUCAUCAGAAACAUGCCUCGAUCUGGGAGCACCACGAGAGUGCAAUGCGACGUCACUUCCAAAGCAAAGGGUUCCUCCAAGCUGUCUAUAGCACCAAACUCGCGAUCCAAAAGAAAGGGUUCCAAGUUCAGGCGGCGAAUGAAAUACAGGUGGAAGAAGCGCGACGGAUCACUGAGAAGCACCUCGAUGGUGACACACGAACCUGUAUUACUGACUUUGGCGGUACUGCCUUUGAUACAGAGGAGUUUCCUACGGAUAGACUAUGGGAGCUAUCAUCAACAAAGCUCUGGCACUACUACCAAGACGGAGACAGCUGGGACCAGCUUGGCUGGAUUCCUGGAGGAUACCUUCGCAUCCGUCAGUUGCGCGCCCCUCGCAAAAAAGAGAACACAUUCCAAGCUGAAGUCGUUGUUGAGUUUGGCGCCAGCACCUUCACUGCACCCCAAGUCACCAUGCCACUCUUCACGAACAGCGAGUCUCUGGAAUUUUUGGCUCAACAUUGCGACCAUUACAGAAAGCAAGAAGCUGUGGUCAGGUUGAGAUUCUUCCAAGGUGGUCAUGUCCAGGUCGUAUUUCCGGCUGCUCACUUGAUCAAGAUGGAUAAUGGAUGUGAUCCUCGUCGCGCUCACGGGCAGCUCGUUGAGUUCGCGGGAGUAUUCAUGGGCAAGGCGGACUGA